AAACGCACCCGCUUCUUCGCUCGAGGACCACCCUCUCCUUUUCGUUUUUGGCCUCCCAGCCGGGUGAGUGGAAACCGCUUGCACAUUCUAUAGAACGGGAUCCUAACCCGGACGAUCCGGAGAAUUUGUACGGCGACCGGCAGGGGGGGCGGGAGGAGAGAGCGAAGUCAAGUCUCCGGGGCUGCUGGCGACUUCGGAAGCCGCGCGCCCCGCGCCCUCGGCCGCCCCCGGCCGCUCGCCCCCGCCGCGCCGCCGCCCUCGCCCCCGGGCGCGCCCUCGGCCCCCGGCGGCCGCGAAAGGGUGCGGGAGACGCGGAGCAGGAGGAGGAGGCGCAGCCGCUGCCCGAGCCGCAGCCGCAGCCGCAGCCGGAGCCCGAGCCGCGGGGCGGGCGCGAAGAUGCACACGACCCAGAAGGACACGACGUACACCAAGAUCUUCGUCGGGGGGCUGCCCUACCACACCACCGACGCCAGCCUGCGCAAGUACUUCGAGGUCUUCGGCGAGAUCGAGGAGGCGGUGGUCAUCACCGACCGGCAGACGGGCAAGUCCCGGGGCUACGGAUUUGUCACCAUGGCUGACCGAGCUGCUGCGGAAAGAGCUUGCAAGGAUCCCAACCCCAUCAUUGAUGGCAGGAAGGCCAAUGUGAAUCUGGCAUAUUUGGGAGCAAAACCAAGGAUCAUGCAACCAGGUUUUGCCUUUGGUGUUCAACAACUUCAUCCAGCCCUUAUACAAAGACCUUUUGGAAUGGCAGAGAUGCAAGGACUGAUGGAGAGGCUGGAACGGGUGGUCGGCCGACUGGAGUCGCUGUCUGCAGAGUCACACCGGCCUCCUGGGGACUGUGAGGGACUUAAUGGUGUCAGUAGAGGUGUGGCACCCUCCGUGGAAGCCUUUGAUACGCUGAUGAACAGCAUGGUGGCGGAGUUUUUACAGAAGAGCAGGAUCCUUGCUGGCGAUGUGGAGACUCACGCGGAAAUGGUGCAUAGUGCUUUCCAGGCCCAGCGGGCUUUCCUUCUGAUGGCCUCUCAGUACCAACAACCCCAAGAGAAUGAUGUGGCUGCGCUUCUGAAACCAAUCUCAGAAAAGAUCCAGGAAAUCCAAACUUUCAGAGAGAGAAACCGGGGGAGUAAAAUGUUUAAUCAUCUCUCCGCCGUCAGCGAAAGCAUCCCUGCCCUUGGGUGGAUAGCUGUGUCCCCCAAACCCGGUCCUUAUGUCAAGGAGAUGAAUGAGGCUGCCACCUUUUACACUAACAGAGUCUUAAAGGACUACAAACACAGCGAUUUACGCCAUGUGGAUUGGGUGAAGUCCUAUUUGAACAUUUGGAGUGCUCUGCAAGCAUACAUCAAGGAACACCAUACCACCGGCCUGACUUGGAGCAAAACUGGGCCAGUAGCAUCAACCGCAUCAGCAUCGUCUGUCCUGUCCCCUGGGCCUGGCCUUCCUCCGCCCCCUCCCCCACCCCCUCCUCCAGGGCCACCUCCACUUUUUGAGAAUGAAGACAGAAGAGAGGAGCCCUCCCCUUCACGCUCAGCUCUAUUUGCCCAACUUAACCAAGGGGAAGGAAUUACGAAAGGGCUCCGGCACGUCACAGAUGACCAGAAGACAUACAAGAAUCCCAGCCUACGGACUCAAGGAGGACAAACUCCAUCUCCUACCAAAAGCCUCUCCCCAGGCUCCAGGGCCCCCCCGUCUCAUCCUCCUCAGAAACAUGCUCCCGUGUUCGAGUUGGAAGGAAAGAAAUGGAGAGUCGAGUAUCAAGAGGACAGGCAUGACCUUGUGAUUUCGGAGACCGAACUGAAACAAGUGGCUUACAUUUUCAGCUGCAACAAGUCCACUCUACAGAUAAAAGGAAAAAUAAAUUCCAUUACAAUCGACAACUGUAAGAAGUUUGGCCUUGUGUUUGACAACGUGGUAGGCAUUGUGGAAGUGAUCAAUUCCAAGGAUAUUCAAAUGCAGGUCAUGGGGAAAGUGCCAACGAUUUCCAUUAAUAAGACGGAAGGUUGCCACAUCUACCUCAGUGAAGAUGCACUGGACUGUGAGAUCGUGAGUGCCAAAUCAUCUGAAAUGAAUGUCCUGAUUCCUCAGGAUGGUGAUUAUAGAGAAUUUCCUGUUCCAGAACAGUUCAAGACAGCCUGGGAUGGAUCCAAGUUGGUCACGGAACCUGCAGAAAUUAUGGGCUAACCUCCAGAGAGACUGAGCCCCCUGACCUGAACCCAUCAAAAAAAGAAACAAAAGCAAAACAAAACAAAACAAAAAAAAAACAAGCAGCAUUGAAGACCUAGAAGUCGCAGGAACACCUACUGCUUUGGUUUUGGCUUCCAGCAGUUCUGUGUUCUAGAAACAGCAUCAUUUCUGGCAUGCCUUCGUGGGCAUUUUGAAGUAUUUAACGUUUCUUCAUGAUUUGCCUUUGUGUGUAAUUUGAGUUCCACAUGAUGACUAGUGAGCAUUACACAUUUUAAGGGGGAAGGGAGAAUUCUGUCCCCCUAAUAUCAUGAACACAGUAGCUGAUAGGUAAAAAUACUGCAUGAUUCAAUUUGACACUUCAGUUUAAUUGCUAGUUGGAAAAUAAAACCUUUGAGAAUCUAAGAUGUACAUUUUUACCCUUGAGACAGUUUCAGUGUGAUGCAGUAGUAAUAUGCUCUGAAAAGUUUUGACCUUUUUUCCCUCGUUUUUACCAAAUGUUCACCUUUGUCAGCGUGGAUACAUUGUCAGCAUGAUACAUAUUUCAAGGCACUUUUUUUUUUUUUUACAAAACGUAAGAAAAUUCCAUCCUAAAGACCAUUAUCCAGUUUCUUGCCCUUAGAAGACUUGUAUUCUUUACAGUUACUAAAACUUAAAACUAGAAGUAAUUUCUAAUUUUUCUUAAAAUAUUCUUCUGCCAUUGUCAAAUGGGAAACUUUUACUUUUCUGCAGAAAGUUUUUUUUUUUUUUUAAUGCCAAACGAUUGGUGGGAGGAGGCAGACAGAUUACCUCACAAUUUUGCUCAAAGAUCAAGCUCAUAAAUUUUUUUGUUUCCCAGUGUUGAACCUGUUGAAUGAAUAAUCAGAUGCCUUGUAAAGUAUGUCGUUAAUGUUUUAUUAUAGACUUCCUUUUUCACUUUCCAGACUUCUAACCAGUCUCAAAACAAUGAGAGUUACAAAGCCAUAGAUGUAACACUUCUUCCAAAACCUAAGAAAUUGUUUGUUGGCUUGACUUGCUGCUCCUAUUUUGUAGUAUUGAUAGAACAUGCUUUUUCAGUACAAGAGAAACUAGCAUAUUCCUUUGUAUCCUUUCAGUACACAGUGCUGAACAAUCCACAACUUGUUGGAUCAGUGUAAUGAAUUCUAGUAUAAUGCUUGCAGACCCAAUACAAGCAUAUAUAUAUUGUGCCUCCUACAGCCUUUGGGAUACGUCGUUUCCGUUUUUUAAAUAUCUUCUAUACCCAUAUAGUAUUCAAAUUACUAAUGCUCAUGUACCAAGGUUUUGCUAUAAAAGUUUUGUUCAUAUGAAUUACGUGGCUUUAGUAAAUAUCUUUUUUUUUCAACUGUAAACUUAUUCUGAAAUAAAGUAAAAUUCUAAUUGUUUAAA